ACUGCUAUUGUGCCUAUGCUCACAGACAUCAUGUCUAUGCUCCCAUAAACCAGCGUGAGCCAGCAACAGGAAGUGUGUCGUGUCUGCUGGGAAUAUUCCCCGACUGAAGAUCUAUCGCUGUUCAUAUAUUAGUUAUUUAAGAGCGUGAGCAUGGCCCCUAAGAGAAGAGCGGCUUCUGCUGCCAAGCAGGGGAAAAAGGUGAAGGAAGAGCCCAAGGAUGCCUUCACCUCCGCAAAAGAAGCGCUCCUGGCUGCGGGGCAACAAGCUAAAGGCAAAAGGAAGAUGGAUGAGCACUGCUCCGUUUCUUCAGGAGAGGUGUACGAGGACUACGACUGCAUGCUCAACCAGACAAACAUAGGACACAACAACAACAAGUUUUACGUCAUCCAAGUUAUACAAGCGAACAACUCGUACUACACAUGGAACAGAUGGGGAAGAGUGGGGGAAAUGGGACAAAACAAACUGACUCCGUUUGCUAAGCCUGAGUUGGCUGUGAAGGAUUUUGAGAAGAAGUUUAAAGACAAGACAAAGAACAGCUGGGGAGAGCGGGCGAACUUCGUCUCUCACCCUGGGAAGUACACACUGAUUGAGGUGGACGGCGAGCAGGAUGCUGAGGUCAAGGUGGACACUGUUGAUGGAAGAGCAGUGAAAGUCUCCCAAAAUGUCCUGCCGUGCACUCUUGAUGGAGCUACACAGAAACUAAUCAAGCUCAUUUUCAGCAACGACAUGUUCAAGGAGGCGAUGGAAUGCAUGAAUUUAGACAUCAAGAAGAUGCCUUUGGGUAAGCUCAGUAAGGUACAGAUUGCAAAGGGUUUUGACGUUUUGGAGGAGAUCGAAGCUGCAAUGAACCAAAAAGGUGGAAAAGGACGCCUGGAAGAACUCUCAUCGAAGUUCUUCACCACAAUUCCUCAUAACUUCGGCAGGAACAGACCGCCAACCAUCAACACCAAAGAGAUUGUCGAACAGAAGAAGGAGAUGCUUAUGGUGCUGGCAGACAUUGAGCUCGCCCAGACACUGAAAUCAGAAACGGAGAAGGCUCAGGAAGAGAUGAUAGAGAAAGUUCCCCAUCCUAUCGACCAAGACUACAUCUCUCUUAAAUGCAAGCUCUCGUUGCUGGCUAAAAGUACAGAAAUGUAUAAGAUCAUCGAGAAAUACACGACGGCGACUGCAGGGGACUAUCGGAAGCCAAAGAUUGUCAAUGUUUGGGAAGUGGAUCGGGAGACCGAGGGAGGACGCUUCAGUGAGAACGACAGUCUGGAGAACCGCCGCCUGCUGUGGCAUGGCACAAACAUAGCAGUGGUGGCAGCUAUCCUCAAAAGUGGUCUUCGGAUCAUGCCCCACUCAGGGGGCCGUGUUGGCAGAGGGAUCUAUUUUGCCUCGGAAAACUCCAAAUCCAUUGGUUACGUGCAUACCUCAAAGAACACUGGAGUGAUGUUUCUGAGUGAAGUGGCUCUUGGCAAAGAGUUCACCAUUACCAAAGAUGACCAUACUUUGAAGAAGGCUCCUGCAGGUUAUGACAGUGUGGUGGCACGAGGCAGCGUUGAACCAGAUCCGUCCAAGGACAUCGUCAUCACCAUUGAAGGAAAGGAGGUUACUGUUCCUCAGGGAAAGGCCAUCAAACAGCCCCAGUAUGCCAAGAGCAGCUUUUGUCAAAGUGAAUACCUGAUCUACAAAGAGAGCCAGUGCCGCCUUCGCUACCUACUUGAGAUAGAAAUAAAUGAUUAAUUAGUCUGCAUUAAUUCAUUGAUUAAUGGGAUUUUGCAGGUAUAAGGUCUAGUUAUUGCAGCAAUAGUGCAUAUACGUAAAUGCCUCUUUCUGUUCUGUGCCUUAUAAUCGUAUGCAUGACCCAUAGAAUGUACUUUGCUUUUGCACAUAUUUUAUUAGAUAAAUAAUAACAAUAAUGUUCCCUACUCUAUAAAAGAUGAUGAUCUUUCUUAAUCAUUUUGUCAUUCUUAGUUCACCAUGCUUAGAUGCCAAAGGGUUUGUUUGCACUGUGGGGGUUUUAAAUGAUAUCCUACAACUUUUUCGUAAAAGGUUAUAUGUUUACUUAAGGAUUGGCAUUCAGAAAAGUAUAUUUCAAAACAUACUAGAUGUAAAGAUAUGCAAAAGUUGUACUUCCUCAAGGUUAGCUAACAAGAGGUGAAAAAACAAGGAAUUUCUGUUUGGAACAUUUUUUUAGAGAUCAUAAGAAAGCGUGUGACAGAAGGGUCUCUUUAAAAAAUAUGACUUUGAGUUAUUUGGAAGUGAUUUCCAGCAUAGGUUUGCA